UUCCGACUGAGGACCAUGGUCUCAGAUUUGGAGGUAACCAAGGAGACGAACAACAUGACAGUGAAAAUGCCAUACCAGUGUUUUAUAAAUGGCACAUUUGUGGAUGCUGAAAAUGGCAAAACCUAUGAUACCAUUAAUCCCACUGAUGGAUCGGUAAUCUGUAAGGUGUCUUAUGCUUCAGUGGGGGAUGUGGACUAUGCAGUGAAAGCUGCUAAACAAGCUUUUCAUAACGGGCCCUGGGGCAAGAUGAACCCAAGAGACAGAGGAAAUCUUCUUUAUAAACUUGCAGACCUGAUGGAGCAACACCAGGAGGAGCUGGCCACUAUUGAGGCAAUUGACUCAGGAGCUGUUUACACGCUGGCCCUGAAGACUCACGUGGGCAUGUCUAUCCAGACAUUUCGCUACUUUGCUGGCUGGUGUGACAAGAUACAGGGCAAGACAGUCCCCAUUAACCAGGCCAGGCCCAACCACAACCUCACCUUUACUAAAAAAGAACCAAUCGGUGUUUGUGCUAUCGUCAUCCCUUGGAACUAUCCCCUCAUGAUGUUGGCAUGGAAAAGCGCUGCCUGCCUUGCAGCUGGAAACACGCUUGUUCUUAAACCGGCACAGGUAACGCCAUUGACAGCAUUAAAAUUUGCCGAGUUGUCUGUGAAAGCCGGUAUUCCAAAAGGAGUCAUCAACAUAUUGCCAGGUUCAGGAGGAACGGUUGGACAGCGCUUGGCUGAUCACCCAGAUAUCCGUAAGCUAGGUUUCACUGGUUCAACACCUAUUGGCAAACAAAUCAUGCAAAGCUGUGCACUCAGUAAUCUCAAGAAGGUUUCUCUGGAGCUGGGAGGGAAGUCUCCUCUUAUCAUCUUUAGUGACUGCGACAUGGACAAGGCUGUUCGCAUGGGUAUGAGCUCUGUGUAUUUCAACAAAGGGGAAAACUGCAUUGCUGCUGGGCGUCUUUUUGUGGAGGAGUCAAUUCAUGAUGAAUUCAUCGGCCGUGUGGUAAAAGAGUUAAAGAAGCUGAAGAUUGGAGACCCGCUGGAUCGAUCCACAGACCAUGGUCCACAGAACCAUAAAACACACUUGGACAAGCUGCUGGAGUACUGUGAUGUUGGAAUAAAGGAAGGGGCCACAUUGGUGUACGGCGGCAAACAAGUGGACCGGCCAGGUUUUUUCAUGGAGCCCACUGUGUUCACUGAUGUGGAGGACCACAUGUUCCUUGCCAAAGAGGAGUCCUUUGGGCCUGUCAUGGUUGUGUCCAAAUUUAAAGAUGGGGAUGUGGAAGGAGUGCUGCAGCGAGCCAAUGACACCGAGUAUGGCUUGGCUUCAGGUGUGUUUACCCGUGACAUAAACAAAGCCAUGUAUGUGAGCGAACACUUGGAGGCUGGAACAGUAUUCAUUAACACCUACAACAAGACCGAUGUGGCGUCACCUUUCGGAGGAUUCAAGCAGUCUGGCUUUGGCAAAGACCUCGGAGAAGAUGCGCUCAUGGAAUACCUCAAGACCAAAGCAGUGACUGUGGAAUAUUGAGACACUUUUCAACAAAAUGUCAAGCAUAACUUGAUAGGAAGGAACUUAAAGCGCCAAUGAGACAGCUACCACAAUUCAGAAUAUUUUUGGGGGGUUUCUUUUUUAGUGACGCAUUUUAUGAAAACCCUUUUAUGAGGCUAAAUGUUGUUUUUUUUGACUCACGACCCUGAUAUGAUUUUUUUUUUAAUCUCCAAUUUGGAUUAUUUGUCUUGAAUUUAUGAGGUUUGUGUGCAUGAGGAUUAGCAAACUGACAGGUGAACUUGAGGUGUAUGCUGCCACGUUAGCGUUCCAAUAAACAGUUAUGACCAAAUAA